CAAGCUAAAAUAACAAUGGAAUCAGAAAUUGAGACUCUGCUCUCAAGAAAUGCGGUUCCUAUUAUAGAUUUAGGAAACUGCAUUGAGGACGUGGCCAAAAACCUGAGAAAGGCUUUAUCAGAAAAGGGGUAUGCUCUGUUAAUAAACCACGGAAUAUCGAAUGAGAAGAUCCAAACAGCUUGGAAGUAUUUCGAUGGCUUUGUCGAGCUGCCAGCUGAGGUUAAAUUGGCAAAUGAAAGAAGCAAAGCUCCAGAUGCCGAAAAUCAUGGCUACGUGAGUCCGGGAAUGGAGCGAUUUGAUGGCAGGACACCGGAGCUGCGCCAUGCCUACAAUAUAUGCAAACUGCAGGAUACAUUUCUACCCGAGCAGCAGCUACCAGGAUUUACCAGUCACAUCAAUGCAUUAGUAAGUGACUUCAAUGAUUUGGGUAGGUUCCUUCUGCAGGCACUGGCCAUUUCCGUGGGUGCUCCACCUUCGUUCUUCACGGACAAACACUCGUAUAUGCUGUCCGAUGAUGGCUUUAACCUGACCACCCUGCGAUUGCUGUACUACCCACCCGUGGAAGAUCAGGAUCAUGGAAGUGGCAUCCGCUGUGGCGCCCAUGCCGACUACUGCACCUUCACUCUGUUGGCCCAGGAUUCGGAGGGUGGACUGGAGGUCAAGCUGCGGGGCAGUGAGAGGUGGCAGCGGGUGGGUCAUCUGCCAGGAGCACUCUUCAUAAACUGCGGCGAAACCAUGGCUAUCUGGACAGAUCAGCUCUAUCACGCCUUGCAACAUAGAGUGGUUCCCGAUCAGGAUGAUACUCGCCAUCGGGGCAGGCACUCCAUUGCCUACUUCUGUCAUCCUGAUAACUCCGCACUGAUUGAUGCAAGAGAGUUGGAUAUUACAACUAAACAGACACAUAACGCAUAUGAUAUAGCUAUGGCUCUGGCAAAAGGCGCCUAUGCACAUAAUUAUUCUUAA